CGUCCUCCCUAUCUCAAUCCAACGGAUGAGAGAUCCCAUCAUAAAAAUCGCUUAUCCCAAGGCAAGUUAGCCUACUCAAUAAAAUCCCUCACUCCUUUUCCGAAAGCUUCCACCAUUUCACCACCAAAAGCUUAAAAGGUGAUAAUAGUGUGUGUGUGUGUGAGAGCCUGAGAGCCUGAGAAACGGACGGCUGAGAAGAACGCUUACAGAUUCGGCCAAUGGCGGCGAUCUUGUCAGUGAGGACGGCCAUCGCUUCGGCGGGGGUGUUGUCGACGGCUGUGCUACUCCGAUUUGCUGGGCCGUCGAUCGUCGGCUUCCUAUCUGCGGAGGUGCCCCGGGUCUACAGCUCGUUGCUCUCUUGGCUCACUCCGCCCUACCUCUACUUUGUAAUCAAUUGCAUCAUCAUCUCCAUCGCCGCAUCUUCGCGGUUCCAUAUGACCGCCACCCCGGCGGAGCCCCAGCCCCAUCCGGCACCGCAAGCGCCACAGCACGAUUUCACGCAACCAGAGAAGUUCGCUGAGAUGAAGGCGGUCGAGGUGGAGGAACAGCCGAUAGUCGAUGCUUUGCCGGAGUACGGGAAGGCGGAGCUGGUGGUCUAUGGGGAGGAAAUGGGUAAUAAAGCCGAGAAAGAAGAGGAUGAGUUUGUGAUAUCAAGGUCGAGCUGGACACCGAAGCGGAAGGUAUCUCGGGAGAUCUCAUCGGAAUAUUCUGCCACGUCUGAGAAACCGCUGGUUUCCUCCCGGUUCAGCCACCAACGGAAGGCCGUCAAAGCCAGCCCCGAAGGGAAAGCAUUGGGCGUGGCGCGUUCGAAGCGGAACGAGACACUGGAGAGCACGUGGAGGACGAUAACUGAUGGAAGACCAGUUCCGCUGGCGCGCCACUUGAAGAAGUCCGACACGUGGGAUGUCCAUGGCAACGCACGUGAGAACGACACCAUCGCGGUGGCGGCGGCUGCGGCCACGGUCACGGCCGCGGCGCCUCCUGUGAAGAAGGCGGAGACCUUCAACGGGCGACAGCAGCAGCAGACGUCGGCGGGGAGACUCCGGCGUGAACCUUCCGUAGGACAGGAUGAUCUGAACCGGAGAGUGGAGGCCUUCAUCAAGAAGUUCAACGAGGAGAUGCGGCUGCAGCGCCAAGAAUCGUUCCAGCAUUACAUGGAUAUGAUCAACCGUGGCAGUCACUAAUGCUAUCUUGUUGAUCUGAAUAAAUAAUAAUAGGAUACUACUGUAUGUAUAAGAAGAAUACUGAAAGUUCAUUACUUAAUUUGUAGUAACUAGUA